AUGCCAUUCAAUUAUCCCAACCAACCCCCGAUCGACUUUCUCAAUGCACAGCCACUGUACGGACGACCAGUGACUAUGCAUUCUUUUCCAGACAAAGUUGAUGUGCUCAUUGUUGGCGCUGGACCUGCUGGCUUGAUGGCUGCUCAUGCUCUGUCGAGUUUCGGUAUCAGUGUUCGCGUGAUUGAUCAGCGUCCGAACAGCGUCAUCGCCGGACAGGCAGAUGGUAUACAACCACGAACAAUCGAAGUUCUCCAGAGUUACGGUCUCGCCAGCCGACUAAUUAAAGAAGGCAAUCAAAUGUGGGAACACUCAUUCUGGAUGCAUGAUUCAAACGAAAUGCUUAAGCGUACUUAUCGUUCUCGCAAUGUGAGAGUCCCAAAUGCACGUUAUCCGUUUGAAGUGACACUUCAUCAGGGUGCGAUUGAGAACAUCUUUCUCGAUUCCAUGUCGAUGCGAGGAUUACUUGUUGAUCGCCCAACCACGGUGCACGACUGGAAGAUCUUACCGGCGACACAAGCCCAGAACGACUACAGAAUCGAGGUAACACUCUGUGGAUUGACGACUGCUGUCGGCACUAACAGUGAUCAAUCGCAGAGCAAGAUUACGAGUUCUAGUACGACAACUGGUGAGAAUGAAAAUAGGAAAGAAACAAUCAUUCAUGCAAAGUACGUGAUCGGUUGCGAUGGUGCACACUCUUGGGUACGCAAGAAACUGGGUUUUAAUAUGAUUGGCGAACAAACAGGUAAAUUUUGA